CACCGUAGCAUCUCCAUGGGCAUUCCCCCACACCUCAUACUCUCAUAGGCAAAGCAAAGCAAAGCCCACACGUUUGAAGGACAAUAACGUCAAUUUUCAUUCUUUAUAUAACAACAUUUAACACUCUUUCCCCUCAUCUUCUCUCUAUCUGUGCAUUCAUUUUCUCUCACUAUCACUCACGCCUUCCCCCUCUCUCUCUAAACUUUGAUUGCCUCUAAUCUUCCUAUCUACUUUUCUGUCUUGAACUCAUUUCACCAAAAAUCUUCUUCUUUUCAGAUCUUCCAGGAAUUUUGGAUAGUGGAGCAACAAAAGGGGGGAGAAUAUCUAAAUAAAAGUUAAAAAAGUGGCGAUUUGUUAAGAAACAGCAUGCGGUGGUUUUGCCUUUCAGUAGAUGUGUUUCGGAAAGUCGUCUCUUUGAACUUAUAUUGCCGUGUAAUUCUGUAAUUUAACCUUUAUAAAUCAUCCCCAUUUUUUUUGACACUCAAUUUUUUUGAAAUUAUUCAUAAUAAAUCAGUGAAUCACCAAAUUAUACUACAUGGGUUCAACCUUUAUCAUUGUUAUACCCUGCUAUGUUCGAAGGAUUAGCUAAUUUUUUUUUCAUUUUGGUGAUUUAAAUAGAAAUAUAAGAUUAGGGUUUUGAUUGGAAGAUAGAAAGAGUAAUUGGGUGUUCCUUUCCUUAAAAGAAAGGGUUGGUUUGUGUUGGGGUGUUGGGAGUAGUUAUGGUGUGCCAAGCAGCAAGUCAGACAAGAUUCCGGGCUUUGAAACAUGAAAAUGGAGUUGCUGGAUUUUCUACCAUCAUAGUUAGAGUCAUUGCUUGCUUUCAACCUCUUUGCGAUUGCCAGGCCGAAUACUUCCGUCACUUGCUCAAGCCAGUCACGUAGAUAGGAUUAUAGUUGUGGGUUUUGGGGGUUUUGGUUCAGCUAGGUUCUUUUUUUUUCCUAAUUCUUCUUGGAUACAAAAUUCAAGCAAUCACAAAGCGAGGCUUUCGAAUCACCCUUUUUGUGGUAUUGUUCUUGUUCAUUAGCUGAAUCUCUAUUAUCGUAUAGUUGAUCGUCAACCCUUAAACAAUUGCCACAACUUGAAUGUGCAGAUAGUUUUUUGCCUUGAUGGGAAAGGACUAUGAGUCCUGGCUACAUCAACGGCAGCACGAUGAGCAGUUUUCUAACGUUGAAUCUCUGAAACUGCCUUUCAAUCCUGGGAUGCAAAACUAUGGCAUUCCUUCUGCAAUUCCUUGUACCGAUGCAGCUCCUAUGAGUGGGCCCUUGCCUUCGUUUGGAUUUCCGGAGCAAUCCAAUUUCAAGACGGGUCAAAUGAAGGAACCACAUGGGUGGUUUUACUGUUUGCCCAGAUUCAGGCAAGGUCUUGUACCCAAUACGACUCAUUACGAUAAGUUUAUGCCAGAAACUACUUUUCUUGGCAAGGUUUCUGCAGCUGCUAAUGAAAAUCGCGAGGAGGAAAAUAUUUCUCCCCCUGAUGUUCGACAUGCUCCAAAGCAAUUCCUUGUUUUUGAUCGGACAGGCAACAAAACAACCUUGGUAUUAAGUUCUAUGAUUGGAACUUCAAACCAGCAGCUCAACUCUUGGAACCAAAAAUCGAUGUGUAACUACAAUGUGAACGGUGAUGAGCAUGGCUAUGGGAGCAGUGGACUCCUUUCAGGACCUAAUCUGACCGAUGAAUUGGAUGGUGAAAACGAGGUUAAUGAGACGCAUGAAGACACAGAAGAUAUCGAUGCUUUACUCUCUUCAGACGAGGAAGCCAAUUACAGUGACGACGGUGAAGAAACAAGCACGGGGCGUUCCCCAAGCUUGACGACUGCUUACGAAAAGCAGGAUUGGUUAGAUGCAAACGAUGACAUGGAUGAAGUAGCGAGUUCUGCCGGACCUUCUAAAAGGCAGAAGCUCUGCAACAGUAGUUAUGACAUUCCCUCCAUCACAUACAGCCGAAGCUCAUUCAACCCCAAGUGCUCCACAGAAGACGAUGCCGAAUCCAGCUGUGCUGGUGCUCAUCCCACAAGGCACAGCAAGGUCUGCUUUUUUUCAGGCAACAAGCGGGAGAGGAAGGAGAAAAUACGUGAGACAGUCAGCCUGUUGCAGACCAUACUUCCGGGCGGAAAUGGCAAAGAUGCAGUUAUGGUUUUGGAUGAAGCAAUAAACUACCUUAAAACUCUGAAAUUAAGAGCCACAUCUUUAGGGAUAGGCCUAUAGAAGAGCUCUAUAUAAGUUGAAAUAUGUCAUUGGUGAAGAUUAUAGUAGCUUUUAGAAUCUCCUCUGUUCUUGGCCUCCUGAAGAAGGGUUAGUUUUACUCUAUAGUGGAUUGAAGAAGUUCCCAAUGAUUCAAAGAUGGACCCUAAAAUCUCCAUAUCAGAGAAAUGCACGCCCCAUAUUGGGUUUUAAGUGGGACCCAUAAGUAAACUUUUGGUGUAUGUCUUUUAUAAGGGGUUAAAAUUAAGAGUAAUUUUCAAAGAGUGGGUCAUAACUUUAAUGGUAGGAAUGGCACGAGGGAGAGUGUAGUAGUUGGUCUUUUGAUGUGGUUCAUCAUUAAUCAUAUUAAAACAAUAUGUUAUUUGGCUAUUUUAUGUAUCUUUUGUUUUGCUUUUAUGUAUGUGUGGGGUAUUAGCACUUGAAUGUUUGGAAUGGGAAGUUAGACCCUUUGGUAAAAUAUGUAUUAUUAUUAAGUGCUUUUGAUUUCUUUGAUGUAAUGGUAUAUGCUAUUAUAGAGUUAUUGUGUGUAUUUAAAAUUAAAGGUACUUUAGUAAAAUGUUAGUUAAAAUCCCCAA